GAGAGUUUAGCCCUUUCCAUAUUGGGCUAAAAGGUGGUUAAAUCUCGUCCCAAGCAAGCCUUCUCUUGGCUCGAAGAAGGCUUGUGGGAAAACGCAGAUAUAUAAAUAUGUAUAUGUUGUUGUUGUUGUUGAUUUUGUUAUGUAGGCGGUGGUGGAUUAAUAUGUUGGUGAAAAUGAUACGGUGGUGGUGGAUAAUGGCGCUGCGAUUGGCGGAGGUAUUUGUGUGCGCCGCGAUUCAUAUGGGAUAUGGGUUUUACAUAUUCACCACCGCCGUGGCCGGCGAUGUAUCUCAGGCCUGGAGCGACUGGUUUUUCAAGCCCAAUGUGGAGACUGGGCUCAAAGCUCAGGUUUCAAUGGCGACAACCACCGUUAAUGAUCUACCUCCCAUUGUGUUGGUUCAUGGGAUCUUUGGUUUUGGCAAAGGGAGAUUGGGAGGGUUAUCUUAUUUUGCUGGAGCAGAGAAGAAGGAUAAUAGGGUUCUUGUGCCUGAUUUGGGGUCACUCACUAGCAUUUAUGAUAGGGCUCGGGAAUUGUUUUAUUAUUUGAAAGGAGGAAUUGUUGAUUAUGGAGAAGAACAUAGCAGGAAUUGUGGGCACUCCCAAUUUGGACGAGUUUAUGAACAAGGGCAUUACCCUGAGUGGGAUGAGGAUCACCCUAUUCACUUUGUUGGACAUUCGGCUGGUGCCCAGGUUGUUCGUGUUUUACAGCAAAUGUUGGCUGACAAGGCAUUCGCGGGAUAUGAAAAAACUUCAGAGAAUUGGAUCAUAAGCAUAACGUCGUUAUCUGGAGCAUUCAAUGGGACAACAAGAGCAUACCUAGAUGGCAUGGAACCUGGAGAUGGGAAGGCUAUGAAAACCGUCUCUCUACUCCAGAUUUGUCGGGUUGGAGUGCUAAUUUACGAGUGGCUUGACAUCCGUUGGCUGAAGGCGUACUACAACUUUGGGUUUGAUCAUUUCAAUCUCUCCCGGGGGAAGAUUGGCGUUUGGGGUCUUGUCGGGUGCCUGUUGGGUAAAUCCGGUCCCUUUGCUUCGGGGGACUGGAUAUUGCCCGACCUCACUAUCCAAGGGUCCAUCAAACUGAACACGGGCUUACAUACAUUUCCCAAUACAUACUACUUCAGCUAUGCUACAAAGCGUACGAGGAAAAUUAUGGGCAUUAGUGUUCCUUCGGGCGUUCUUGGCAUACACCCUAUGCUACUUAUCAGAGUCCUCGAGAUGAGCCAGUGGCGACACCCUUCUGAUGUCCCGGUUCCUUAUAAAGGUUACAGAGAUCAAGAUUGGUGGGAAAACGACGGGGCACUCAACACAAAAUCCAUGAUGUACCCUUGCUUGCCGGUUGAGCAUCCAAGCCAGUUCGUCGUAAAGGAUUCUGAAUGCCAGCCUUUGCAACCGGGCAUUUGGUAUUACAAGGUUGUUGAAGGCGACCACAUUCUGUUCAUCGUGAACCGGGAGAGGGCUGGAGUUCAAUUCGAUUUGAUAUACGACAGCAUAUUUGAGCGAUGCAGGAAACAUGCGUUUAGGAAGAUUCCAACGUUACCAAACCAAACAGCACAAUAGUUAACAGGCUGGAUAUCUGUCUUGGUAAACUACUACUGUCUGCUUUGGCUAGACUAGAAGAGAGUACUGCAAUAUAUAUAUAUAUACUUCAGUAGUAAUAUGAAUGUAUGUAAUUAUGUAAAUAUGAAUGUAUAGAUAUACUUCUCUGAUCUUCAUUGGUGCUUUUUUGGAUUGCAACUUCUGCUUCUCUGUAUCAUAUAGCCAACUCUAGUUUGUAGGAUUCUGAAGAACAAUGUAACCAAGUGUGUAAACACUUACAGGAUUUCAUAGCUACUUUCUCAAUCUACUGAAGCACAAAGAGCCAAUACUGCCCCCACGGGGGCUAUUAUAAUGUUCA